AUGGAGUUGAUGCUAAAGUCCCUAUGGGCUGCCGUCUUGGCGAUUGACGAGCGGUAUAUUGAAGAUGACGACGAUUUCUUCGAGGUCGGAGGCAACUCGAUCACUGCUGUCCUCCUCGCAGCUGAAGCCGGGAAAAAUGGAAUGUCGAUGCCUGUCACAGAAAUAUUUCGCUACCCCAUGUUCUCCGACAUGGCGGGUGUGGCCAAGAUGUCAGAGUCAGGGGAGGAGACAGACCAUGCAGCCCCUUUCAAGCUCAUGAAACUUCCGGGGACAGAGGUCGCGGAGAUUUUGGCCCAGAUCAGCAAUGCCCAUCCCGGAAUUGAUCCUACAAUGAUCGAGGAUCUGUACCCCUGUACUUCACUGCAAGCGGGACUGAUGGCCAUCUCCAACAAGCAACAAGGAAGCUAUGUCUCUCAAUUUGUUUACCAGAUUCCUACUGGAACCGACGUCCAGUCUUUUCAAAAGGCUUGGGACCAGGUAGUAGAGACGGCUGAUAUCCUCCGGACCCGCAUGGUAAACCUGUACAAUCCUGCUGGUUGCUUCCAAGUUAUCGUCAAGGAAGGUAUUCACUGGCAUAAAUCGGUUGUUUUGCAGGACUAUCUUCGGAAAGACAAGGCAACGCCUAUGGAAUUCGGCGAUCCUCUUGUGCGAUUUGCAAUUAUCUCAAACUCCGAAGGCAAAGAUCUCAAUUUUGUGUGGACGAUUCAUCACUGCAUCUACGAUCUGUGGUCGCUUGCGCUGAUUUGGCAAAAGGUGGCUGCUGUGUACCAUGGAGCCGACAAAGAGGAGAUCAGGCCUCCCAAGUACAGCCAAUUCAUCGACGCGUCUUUGCUGUAUUCAACUACCAUCGCUCCCCGGGGUGCCUCUGGGAUCACGAUCUCCUCCGUCAUACAGGCAGCAUGGGCUUUGACUGUUGGGAAACACUCGGACUCUGAAGACGUGGUAUUCGGGACGGUUCUCAUCGGCCGAGACACACCAGUCAAAGGCGUGACAGAGGUACUGGGGCCCACAGUUGCCACAGUUCCCAUGAGAGUGCGUUUGGAUUAUACACGCAAGGCAGACGAGUACGUGAAGGAAGUCCAGGCCCAUGCCACGGACGUGAUUGCUUUUGAGCAUAUGGGGCUGCCGAAUAUUCGCAAGAUCGAUGAAGAUACGGAGACUGCUUGUCAAUUCCAAAACCUUCUCGUCAUCCAGCCCCAUAACGCCCAGGCUCAUCCGCUCAACUGGACUCGACUGGAUACUCACGAGGUCGAAACUCACCCAUAUGGAAUAAUUGUCGAAUGUACUUUGGGGUCCAACGAGCAGUCACUUGAUAUCAAAGCCAAUUUUGAUCCCCAGGUGAUCUCAAAAGUGGAAGUGGAUAAUCUGGCCCACCACUUCCAACAGGCUAUCUCCUCCUUGAACAGUGAUUCCACCACGCAGUCCCUUGCCGAUAUUGAGCUUUUCAGCUCGCACGAUAAUUCGAAUAUCGCGGUCUGGAACAUGGGGUCAAACUCAGACUACGUCGAUGCUUGUAUUCAUGAGAUUUUCCAGCAGACUGUCCAACAACAACCAGACGCUCAGGCAAUAUGCUCCUGGGAUGGUGAGCUUUCAUAUCGCAAACUUGACGAGCUCUCCACAGCCAUGGCACAUCACUUGAAUAGCCUUGGAGUUGGCCCCGGAGCAUGUGUGCCAUUAUGUUUCGAGAAGUCAUACUGGUUUGUUGUUGCUAUCAUCGCAGUGCUGAAAGCAGGAGCUGCCUUUGUUCCACUCGACGCGUCCCAUCCGCAAUCUCGUCUGUGUGAGUUAGUUAAAGACGUCGAUGCCCGAGUCGUUCUUUCCUCGCCGAGGUUCUCGGCUCUUUUCGCAGAGAGCGUGGCCGAAACUGUGCUCGAAAUUGAUCAGCAGCAGUUUGAUCUGCUAUGGUCCCCGCAGGAUUAUCCAAGCCCCAGUCAGGCCAACGCAAGGAAUAUCGCGUACAUUGUCUACACCUCGGGGAGUACAGGAAAGCCCAAAGGAGCUGUGAUUGAACAUGGAGCUUUCCUCUCAAGCUGGACAGGAUUCUCAAAGACAAUGUGCAUGAACAAAUCGUCUCGCGUGCUUCAAUUCAGCUCGCAUAGCUUUGACGCGAGCUUGGCCGAGACUUUGAGCACCGUUCUCUGCGGAGGAUGUAUUUGCAUCCCAAGCGAUGAUGAGAAGUUCAAUUCUUUAUCGGCAGCCAUGACCCGCAUGAUGGUAAAUUGGACUCUGCUGGUUCCAUCCUAUGCCCGAAUCUUGGAUCCUACCUCCAUACCCUAUCUGAAAACAAUUGUUUUGGGAGGUGAGGCUGCUUCUAAGAGCGAUGUUACGCGGUGGGCGGCCCAGGGAAUCAAUGUUAUCAACGCGUACGGUCCAACCGAAUGUGCCGUGAUCUCAACUUCGAACAUGAAGCUGGGGUCCGAGUCAGAUCCUAGCAAUAUAGGAAAGGCAACCUGUGGAACGUGUUGGGUUGUUGACAAGGACAAUCAUAACCGUCUCGUUCCAAUUGGAUGUCCUGGUGAACUGAUUCUAGAGGGUCCUCAUCUUUCUUGUGGUUACAUUCACAAUGAAGCAGCUACAUCUUCAGCCUUCAUUCAGAGCCCUUCUUGGGCAAAAGACCGACGGUUCUACAAGACAGGUGACCUUGUUCGUCAAAAACCAGAUGGCAGCCUGUCAUUCCUCGGGCGAAAGGACAUGCAAGUCAAACUCCGCGGUCAGCGUCUCGAGCUGCCAGAAAUCGAGCAUCAAAUCAACCUUUACUUUGAAGGUGAUGUGCAUGUAGCUGUCGAAGUUGCUACUGUUGACUCCGCAGAUAGUGACACCAAGAACCAGCACCUUGUCGCGUUUAUCUGCCCCAGUGAAGGCUUGGUUGCCAGCUCGGUCGAUACCAAUGUUCUCUUCGAAAUUUGGGAAGGGCUUCACGACCAGUUGAUUGAGUUGCGACAUUAUCUUGAACAAGCUUUGCCGCCAUACAUGGUACCAACUGUGUAUAUACCCGUCAAGUAUGCACCUGCGAUGGUUUCUGGCAAACUUGACCGAAAGUUCUUCCGCAAGAUUCUUCAAACUCUGUCGAAUUCGCAACUCCAGAGCUUUGCGCUGACGGAUUCUGAAAAAGGAGCGCCAUCUUCGCAGUUGAAUGCGGAUUUUUCCGGAGGCUCACAACAGGCCGUGCUCAUCACAGAACAUUCCACGGCUAUGGAGCGGAAACUCCAAGAGCUGUGGGCACAAGCAUUGAGCAUUGAGCCUUCACACAUCAACAAGAAUGACAGUUUCUUCAAGCUCGGUGGAGAUUCUCUCGUGGCGAUGCAUCUCGUUGGUCUUGCUAGAGCUCAGGGAGUAGCCAUUUCCGUGUCAGACGUCUUUGCUCAUAAACAACUUGGCCCUCUGGCUAAAGCCCUGGUCGAGCAACAAGGUGCCGAUGAAACAUUCAACGCCGAGCCCUUCUCCCUCCUAAGUCCCGAGCAAAAGUCUCUGGUUUCAUCUCAGGCUCUUGGCUUUUCAGCGGGCAAUAGCAAGGCAAUUGACGUACUUCCAGUCACAGAAUCUCAGGCAUAUUUCCUCAGGCUGAUGAUGGGAUCAACUUGCUUUUCCUACUCCAUCAAAGGAAAGAUAUGUGCUAAUCGAAUGCGUUUGGCCUGUGAGUCUUUGGUACAAAGUCACUCCUCCUUGCGCACAGCUUUUGUCCGACACCAAGGAAGCUUCCUGCAAGCCAUUUUCGAGUCCAUUGAUGUGCCGUUCAAUCACAUCGUCACGGAGAAGCCUCUGGAACCAAUGUGCCAGUCUCUCUGUGAUUCUUACAUACUUGAUGAUGCCUUCUCAGGAAAGCCGGUUAUCAAAUUCACUUUGAUCUCCCGAUCCGAUGAUGAUCAUAUGUUCAUCAUACGGCUCACACACGCCCAGUUUGAUGGAUAUACCUAUCCGCUCAUUCUCAGUGAGUUGGCAAGAGCCUACAAUGAAGCUGAAGCCCCACCUGCGGCUCGCACAUCCUUUUCCACAUAUGCGUACUACUGUGCCAGUCGUCGAUCAAAGUCAACGUUCGACUUCUGGAGAAACUAUCUGCGCGGGUCAACAAUGACAAUGCCCCCGGGCGCAGAUGCGGGUGCAGAUCUAUCUGCUGGUGACAUCGAUGAAUCGGCCUUUGGGAAACUGCCCGCUGCCUUGGAAGAUAUCACAACUCCGACAUUAGUAAACGCGGCCUUCGCCCUCCUUCUCGCAGAUCUCGUCCAGAAUGACGAUGUGGUAUUUUCGAUGACCAUGAGCACCCGGGACAUUGACCUGCCCGGGGUUCAGCAGAUUAUCGGUCCUUGCGUGAACAAGAAUCCACUUCGUGUCCAGCUGGACCGAUCUCGCUCUGUUUUGGAGUUGUGUCAAACGCUGCGGGAGCAGUACACCAAGGUCUCCAAACACGGACAUCUUGACCUGUCUGAAAUUAUCGCCAAGAGUACGGACUGGCCUUCAGAUACUAAGGUCAGAUUUAGCAUCAACCAUCUCGGUGGUGACGACAGAAAACCGCGGCCACUCGAGGGCGGAGCUCAAAUCUCCAAUUCGGGUGGAGCGCGGCGAAGGUAUUUCCAAAGUCAGGUUUUGAUUCGGUGUAUCACUGAGGAUGAUGGACUGCAAGUGCAGAUCGUGACGACCAGCGAUACUAUGAGCUCGACACAAGCUCAGACGUUCGCGAGGACCCUGGUCAAUACUGUGAAGAUAUUUACAAAGCAUCCCAGUGUGGCGUUGCAUUCGCUUCCAAUUUGUAUGACGGAAUAG